AUGUCGUCGUCCGCCACUAUCCCUACUUCGACCGAGGUUGUCGAGAGUGCCGUCAUCCGCGCACCACUGUCCAACGUCUGGCAUCUCAUCCAGCUGCAUAACUUUGCCAACUUUUGGGACGCUCUGAAAGCGUCUGAAUGGAUGAAGGGCACUGGCGCGGAUAGAGUAGAUGUGGUGAAGUGGACAUUCAAAGAUGGGACUGUUCUGGAGGUUAAACAAGACGAAUACAGCAAUAUCAAUCACUUGGUGACCUACAGCACCAUCACGGCCCAUCCCGAGCUGUCGUAUUCGAGUGCUGUCAGCACCGUCCGUUGCCAUACGGUGACCUCUGGUGAGCUGGAAGGAAGCACGUUUGUAGAGUGGACGGGCAAGUUCUCGAGCGAUGCUGAUGUUGGUGUCAUCCAAGAUGCCAAGUUUAAGCGUCGGGAUGCAUUGGCCGAUCUAGCUAAGGCCGCGACAGGGAAGGCUCCCAAGGUGUAG